AUGAGGAUCCAAGUGCAAGAAUGGAUUAAUCCUGUAAUGCAAGAGUUUAAACAGGAUGAACCAGCACAAGUUUUUGAUCGUGAUAUGGGAUUUCAGCCUUUUACUAGUCAGUCUCAAUCUGUUCAGUUUCAUGACUUUCUUCUAAGAGCAAAUAAAUAUAACAAGUUGCAGAUGUUCGGAGAAGAACCUUGUACAGAUAGAAAGCUCAUCAUUGUUGAUGAUAUGCCUAAUUUAUUUUAUAGAGACCCUUCAAGUUUACAUGAUAUUCUCAGGAAAUUUGUGAGAACAGGACGUUGCCCUUUAGUGUUCAUCAUAUCAGACAGUCUAAGCGGUGAUAGCCAUCAAAGACGGUUGUUCCCAAAGGAAAUUCAGGAUGAAUUAUGUGUCUGUAAUGUCAGUUUCAAUCCAGUUGCUCCCACCAGUAUGAUGAAAGUCCUAACCCGAAUUGCUACGUCAGAGGCUGCUAUGAGUGGGGGGAAAUGCGUUAUUCCAGACAAGCAAGCACUUGAGUUGCUGUGCUCUGGAUGCACUGGAGAUAUCAGAAGUGCCAUUAAUAGUCUGCAGUUCUCAGCACUUAAAGGUACAAAUGACUUUUGGUCUAAAAAGAAAAGUCGAUCGACAAAGACAGAUAAAACAAUAUCCAAGGGGAAGAGUAAAAGGAAAUCAGAGAAAAGUAUGGAAAACACAGAUGACAUCCAAGCCAUUGGAGGAAAAGAUGCUUCACUUUUCUUGUUUAGGGCAUUGGGAAAAAUUCUUUACUGCAAAAAGGUACCAACCCCUGGCUCCAACUUACAGAAAUUACCAGCACACUUGUCUCAACAUGAUAGAGAUCUAUUGCUUGUUCUUCCUGAGGUUGUUGUAGAGAAAUCACAUAUGCGAAGUGAGCUGUUCAAUCUCUAUCUUCACCAAAACUAUCUGGACUUUUUCUCCGAUAUUGAUGAUGUUGUCCGUGCCAGCGAGUACCUCAGUGCAGCAGAUGUUCUCACUGGGGACUGGAAUUCUCGGACAACCCUUAGUGUAUACAGCUCAUCAGUGACCUGUAGAGGAGUUAUACAUUCCAACAGCUCCAGGGCUUUUGCCAACAGUCAGUCAGCAGUUGGAUUUCGGCCUCUUCACAAACCACAAUGGCUUUUGGUUAAUAAAAAGUACCAGGAAAACUCUCUUGCAGCCAGAGAACUGUUUUCAAUUUUCUGUUCCUCACCGUUGUGCCUUCAAACCCAGGUGAUCCCAUACCUGGCAAAGCUUACAAAUCCCUUGAGAAAUCCAGCACAAAUUGCAUUUAUUCAGGAUGUUGGCCGGUUACCUUUAAAGAGGCAUUUUGCAAGGAUGAAGCUUGAAGCACUGACAGACAAAGAUCCUGGUGCAGAUGCUGACAGUGAUGAGGAUGAAGAUCCAAGCCAUGUGCCAAGUGAAAGUGGUAAUAAUGCUGUACCUAAAAGCAAAGAUGGACAUAAAAAGAAUUACUUCUACCUUCCAGCCAAGGAGGAGAAGCAGAAUUGCCAACCAGCCAACCUCAACCUGUAGUAGCUCAAGCAGUUUUGGAAGAUGAAGAGUUAAAGAUAGAGGAAUUUGACAGUGACUGA